UCACAUGCAGUAUGGCUGCGCUCAUCAGCAAGGUGGAAAAGGAGCAAUACUUUCAUAACAAACUACCAGAUUCUAGACCGUUUUUAUACAACUUAUGAUUGAAAUAUGAUUCGCUAUAGUCUCAGAUAUCAGGAAAAACUGAAUUAAGCAUUUGGAGGUUUGUUAUUUAAUUUCAAGAUUACAUAUUAGCUCUCUGAAAACGUUUUGUUUACCUUCUAAAAUAUUCUUGUUCUGUUUUAGAGCUUGAAGCUAAGCCUCAAUAGCAACAAUACAAGUCAGCAGUUCGUCCACUUUUAUUAAUUUUAACUCUCAAAUUAGAAUUUGUGGUCGUGUAGAAGGAGACCUCUUCCGCAAAAAGCUGCUGAUGACGUGAAUCUGCUUUAAAAAGCUGGGGUUUCAUCAGAAAUCUGUAGUUGUCGUUUUACAUACACGCCGAAUUCAAGAACACCCCCUACAUGUAUCAACUGUUUUUUAAAUGUCAGCUAGGAGGCAUUUAUUUCUGUCAACACAGUAAAAACAUGUCAGAUCAGAAGUUUUUUGAAUGAAAUCUGGCAUCAGUGUUCCUUCUGUGCUUGAGAUAAACAAAGCCAAGUUGUAUGAGGAUUUGUUUGCUACAGGGUGAAUCUUCCAAACAAAACCUACUAAUACAAUGGCUUACAGAAGACUUGUCAAGGAGUUUGUCUUUGGCCUGUGGACAUGUCGCCUUCCAAAACCACAAACUGCCUUCAGUGACAGAACCAGAAGAACUCUUCAGACCAGCUCACCUUCGAUGGUGAAGCUGCUGUCAGUGGAGGAGCUUUUUGCCCGGAGGUCUCUGCAAGAGCACCUGAAGAAGAUGGAGACGGAGUACGGCGAAUGUUUACGGGCAGUCAGCGGCAGUGUUCCAGAGGAGCAGUGCAGCGAGGACCAACUGAGGACCAAGAGGACCAAAGUGUCCCUGCUGGCUCCACUAGUCCAGAGCAUCAGAGAGCUGGAUGCCAAACAGAAAGAGAUCGCAGAGACCGAGAUCCUCUUGAAAGAUGAAGAUCCAGCCUUGAGAGAACUGGCGGAGCUGGAGAGAGAAAACUGUGUGCAAGAUAUUCAAGAUCUUAGACAAAAGAUCCUGGAGCUGCUGAUCCCUGAGGAGGAGGCUGAUCUGAGUGACCUCGUUCUGGAGGUCACAGCCGGUGUGGGUGGUCAGGAGGCCAUGCUGUUCACUGCUGAGAUGUUCGACAUGUACCAGGGCUUCGCUCAGCACCACGGCUGGUCCUUUGACGUCCUGGAGCUCAUGACCAGCGACAUCGGUGGACUACGCCACGCCUCGGCCAGCAUCAGCGGCUCUCAGAGCUACAAGAAGAUGAAGUUUGAGGCUGGAGUUCAUCGAGUUCAGAGGGUUCCCAAGACUGAAAAACAGGGCCGGAUGCACACCAGCACCAUGACUGUGGCCGUGCUGCCCCAACCCACUGAGAUCUCUUUCACAAUAAACCCAAAGGACCUGAGGAUAGACACGAAGAGAGCGAGUGGAGCUGGAGGUCAACAUGUCAACACCACAGACAGCGCAGUGCGAAUAGUCCAUCUUCCAACAGGCACGGUUGCAGAGUGUCAGCAGGAACGGUCCCAGCUGAAGAACAGGGAGAAAGCCAUGAAGGCUCUGAGAGCAAAACUGUACAGCAUGAAGCUGGAGGAGGAGACCAGCAAACGCUCCAACCAGCGGAAAGUACAGAUCGGCACCAGAGGCAGAUCAGAGAAGAUCCGAACCUACAACUUCGCUCAGGACAGAAUCACCGACCACCGGAUUGGAAUGACGGUACAUGACGUCAAGAGCUUCCUGCUGGGAGAGGAUCUGCUGGAUGAGAUGAACUCGUCGCUGCAGGAGUUCUCCGACCAGGAGACGCUCAUGGAGCUGCUGGAGGAGAGCAGCCAGGAGGCAUCAUGAGUCUGACGGAGCAGAAACUGGUGCAGAGACAACUUUGGCAAAAAGAUCACAAUGGAUUAGAAUGGGUGACAAAUCUGAGUACAUCUGGUCAUUUAAAGGGAAAAAACAAACAAAAACCUAGAUAUGUGUGCGUACUUUUAGUAAAAAUGACUGAGAAUCAGAGUGAUUGUAUAGUUUUGUGUUUUAUUCAGCUCUCUGAAGCAGAGAAGUUUAUAAUUCUACACAAAUGUCAUGCAGGUUAUUUAGCUUCUGGGUCCACACGUUGCUGCUUCCGUAUAAGUGGUCAAUCCAUGGUGUGUGUUGUCUGAGCUUGGAGGAAAUGAGCACUAAAUGCAUCCAAUCUGUUCCUAAAACAGCCUCUUUCUGUGCUCACAUAGAUAAAGAUCUUGGUUGGUAGGUCCUGAUCAGGGCUCCGUUUUCAGAUUCUACCACUUCCUUAUUGACCUGUCUUUGUGCAUAGGGACAGUCUGUCUGCAUAGCUUGGCUUCUUCAGGUAAACUGGUUGUGUGAUUGUACUGUUGGCCAUCCAGUACCUGUUCUAAUGUGGACUAACUACUGAGCUCAAGCUCAAGCACGCCGGAUAAGGUCAUUUGAUUCUGUCCAAAAAGUUUUAGGACAACUUUGUGCACUAAAUGUGGCCAAACGAGUACAAAUUUUAACCAUGGUCAGCAUUAUAUACUGCACCUUUUUUCUCAGCUUUGAGUGGGGUGAGUCCUACGUCAGCUGUGAUACAGAAUCAGAAUCACUUCAUUCAUCCCCGAAGGGAAAUUCAGAUACGCUUCACCUUCUACAGGAGAAAAGGUGGUUUUAGCUACUGGAUGGAUGGAUUGUAUUAAAAUGUCUGGCACAAACAAUUAAAACCGGCCUCAGACCAA